CCGAUCUCCACAUUUACGCGCGCGACACUUUGUUUCUCCGACCGUUCUUCUGUAAUUUCAUGAUUCAGACUUGGAGGCGACUUGAAGAUAAGGCAGAUGAGCUCUUUUUACGAAAAGGACAGCUCUGAGUUAGGGCUCUCUGGAGAGCUGACUCAAAUGAGCUCUGAGGAGCUGGAGUUUGAUUACCUGUUUAACUAUGAUCCACAGGACAGCUUUCCUUCAGGAGAUCUUAAAGAUGACACCAAUAUCUCCAUACACACACACCCGUACCCCUUGGACGAGGCUUCCCCCUACACUGAAAGCAGCACCGAGGCUCUUUCUGGCUAUGAGCAUCUGGAGGCUAAAAGUUACUUAGGGCACGCAAGGUCUGGUCCACAAGCUGUGAGUCCCAGGAUUGAGAUCACGCCAUCACGUGAGCAUCACAGCCAUGGGCACAACUCACUCCAUGACCCGCUGGUGAAUGCCAGCCCCAGGCCUACUCUCACCGUGCCCGGUCUGGACUGUGCCAUCUACCGUGAGCCUCAGUGCCUGAGCCCAGCCAGCAGCAACUCCUCAGCCUCGUGGCACUCUGAGACUUACUCGCCAUUCGCAUCGCCCUGUGUGUCCCCAGGUAGUGGGCAGGCCGUGGCUGGAGAGCUGUGUCCUCGCUUCCAAAACAUCCACACAGGCUCCCCUCGCACCAGCCCAGGCACAUCACCCAACACCAGCCUGGCUGAGGAGAACUGUUCAUCCCCAAGGCCCAGUUCUCGCUCUACAUCGCCUCAGGGCAAACGCACCUACGACAUGUACAGGAACCCAAAUCUGGUAGCUGCGGCUCGAUCACGAAGUCCUUCGCCACACGGCAGCCAUGAUGACCGUCAUUCCAGCACCCAAUAUGGCUCCAACAACCUAACAGAGGUCGUUAACGGGUUUGGGCCGGGGUCAGUACCCACAAAGAUUGUGAGAACCAACCAGCCAGCCUACACAGUAUACCCAGACGGCCAUGGAGAGAGCUACCUGUUGGAGCAAGACAUCAAGACCAAAGCGGAGCCAUACUUUGUCAUUCCAUCAAUCUGGCCCAAGCAGUUGGUGCCUGGAAUGUGCAGCAUCCCUAUUACCUCCCUGCCUCCUCUGGAGUGGCCUCUGCCCAGCCGCACAGACCAGUAUGAGCUGCACAUCGAGGUGCAGCCCAAACCACACCACAGGGCACACUACGAGACUGAGGGCAGCCGGGGGGCUGUUAAAGCACCUACAGGGGGGCACCCAGUGGUCCAGCUACAUGGAUACAGAGGCAAAGAGCCACUGGGGCUGCAGAUCUUCAUUGGCACAGCAGAUGAGCGGAUCCUGAAGCCCCACGCGUUCUACCAGGUGCACCGCAUCACAGGCAAGACGGUGACCACGACCAGCUAUGAGAAGAUAAUCAAUAGCACAAAGGUGUUAGAGAUCCCUCUAGAGCCAAAGAAUAACAUGAAAGCAAUAAUCGACUGCGCUGGGAUUCUGAAGCUCAGGAAUGCUGAUAUAGAGCUGCGGAAAGGCGAGACAGACAUCGGGCGGAAGAAUACCCGUGUGCGACUGGUGUUCCGCAUUCACAUUCCCCAGCCAGGGGGUCAAUACGUGUCUCUCCAAGUGGCCUCACAUCCCAUUGAGUGUUCCCAAAGAUCUGCACACGAGCUGCCCAUGGUGGAGAAGCAGGACAUGGACAGGUGUUCAGUGCUCGGAGGUCAGCAGAUGAUCCUGACUGGGCAGAAUUUCAGUGCUGACUCAAAAGUUAUUUUUACUGAGAAGACCCAUGAUGGACAGCAAAUUUGGGAGUUGGAAGCCACAGUUGACAAAGACAAAAGCCAGUCUAGCAUGCUGUUUAUUGAAGUGCCUCCUUAUAGAGACCCAGCCAUCUGCCAUCCCGCUAAAGUGAAUUUCUAUGUGAUCAAUGGGAAACGAAAACGCAGUCAGCCUCAGCACUUCACGUAUAUACCUCUUCCAGUUUCUUCCAUCAAAACAGAACCACUGGAUGAAUACGAAUCUGGACAAAUUGGAUAUAUGAUGUCCCAGACCAUGGGAGUUUCCCCACACUCCUAUUACCAUCACAACCCCCGUUCAGUCCUCAGCUCGGAUAAUGGCUUACUUGCCAACAUGGCUUCCUGUCACCAGAAUCAUUCAGGAAUCUCCCCUUCAGAACCCUGCUUUCAGCAGCACAUUGUGUAUCCCCGUGCUGAGAAGAAUGUAGGGCCUAGCUUAUACAUCCAAACGGGAGUCAUGGUGCCAGAAGCCCAUCGUUCUGUCCUGGUCCAUGCUGGUUCCCCAGCCAAGUCCUCCCACUUGAUUGGUCAGCAUCCCGUCAUUCAGUUUUCCCCCACCAACCAUCACUUGUUAAGAGGGGCGGAAAAUAUUACUCCACCAGCCCAGGAACAUCAGAACCUCUACUGUGAGGGCUACAGCCCGCAAGGAGCCCAGACAGCAGUGGCUUCACAUUCUCCAGCUCCAGCACAAGCCCCCCAAACCCAGCAUUACCCCACCGUCAUUCAGCAACAGCCCUACACAAACAGGCUUCCAAAGGACAGGUCCCCUCCUGGGCAAGUCCAUCCACAAAGAUGUUCCUCUGCUGAGGAACCGAGAGCUUCUCUUCCUGGACGUGUCACUGUCAAGCAGGAGAACUUGGACCAGGCCUACCUGGAUGAUGUGCAGGCUUGAAGAUCAACAGUUGGCUGCCGUCAGACCAUUUCAGCAGGGAAACAAUAGCAGGAAACAUGCAUGUCAAGUCUUUUCUCCAAUGGAGUGUCUGGUCUUUGCAAUCCAUUUCUGGUUUUCUCAUAUGUUGCACACAUCCGUAUAUGUCCCAAGCACACAGUCUAGAAUGAAGUUUCCAUUAGUCCCAGGGACAGAUUAGUCCUGGGCCCCUGGGAAGGAAGCUAAGCAUCGAUUAUGAGCUUAGCUUAUUAUUUCUUUGCUUCUCACAAAAUCAUCCUCAAAUUUGUCAAAUUCCUGCUCUUGAAUUCAAGCUCUGACUCAAUAGCCAGAAGUGGCAGCAGGGUGAGUGUUCUUUGGUCCAUUUUAGUUCAGAGUUUGUUUUUGAUUUGACUCAUUUAGGAACAGGCUUAUCCACUGAAAACAGUUAGAACUGAACCCACGGGUUACAAAUUCAGACGUGCCAAGAACAUUUCCAGAUUUAUUUUAGAUUUGGUGACUUUUCAUUUAUUGAUUUUUUUCAUGUUCUGAUAGCUUGCUGGUUACACGCUGAUAAGUGUUGAUAUGUUGAUAGGUGUUUUGUGUGACUUAGCAUAAUGGCACGCACCCAAUAGUCCCCGAUGGUAUUCGCUCACAGAUUAGCCCUAAAUAAUACACAUUUACUACAUAUAACAUACAUACACAUCAUUUGCUAUACAUGAUUUCUCUUCUUUUCACUUAUGUGAAAGCUCAGUUCAUUAAUAAUUAUUUCAGGGGCCACCAAACCAUAAAAAUCUACGGUGGUUACUGUGAAAAUAUGCAAAUAUUGUUCUUGUAGUGGCCAUUUUGUAGGGAUUUAGACUAAGUACUGGGAGAUUUUUCAACCUCGGGUACCCCAAAAGAAAAAAAAAAAAAACCAGCUGAGGAUUUCUUGGAUAUGUUGAUGCUGUUAUGAUGUGCAAAACAAGUUCUAUAGCAACCAUUGUCGAGCAGUGGAAUUGGCUGCCUGGCAGGGCUGAGGAAAGCCUCUUUGUUUGUUAUACUUGGCCCAGGCUUCCCCUUGGCCUUACACCCCUCAGUUCUGCAGGGGGAACCCACGAGAAGAUUUUUUCCACUGAACAUGCUCCUGCCAAUGUGGCAUGCAGAAUUCCUAUUUGCAGCUGCUGCGCUCCUCCAGAAAGCCAGCAAACUCAGUAAGAUAGCGAUUGUUUCAAACUCUACAGGAAAAGGCACAGAUGGAAAAUAUGAAGUCGAUGAGGAAAAAGUGGACUACAGAUAGAGUUUUCUCCUGGAUGGCCAAAUAGUAUUUCCCUUAGUAUACAGCAACAGAGCUCUUGUUGCCACAUUAAUGCCCAGUUACUAUGAGAGGUACACCCCAAAUUUGAGCUGUUUUUAUUGUGAAGUGGUGGACAGGGAACCAAGCAAGUGUCUACGCAGUGUCUUUCUUUUAGUCACCAUGCUCAUGUACAAGAGGAUCUUGAAGCGCUGUUUGAACGAUCAUUUUCUUUUGGACAUGUCAUAAGCCCCUAUUUGAGGGAUUCCCUCAUCACUCAGACACAAUGCCGUUUGAGUAUUUUCAAUAUAGUCUUUCACCUUCACACUGCCCUCUGUACAGACAAGCAGUUACUAUAUGGGAAGGUCUGGGUCUUAUGGGACAGGAAGGACGAGAAUUGAAAAAGUCCCCUAUCUGCCAGUGCAGAGGUGUCAAGGUAUUGGUUCCACCUACAAACAUUUUAGUGUUUGAUGUCCUCCAAAGCCUUCACACAAACUCACUUUUCAUAUGAGUCAUCCGGGGCGUCUUUCUCAUCUUUCAUUUUGUUAGUGGCGUUGCAAGGGGCAUGAGGGCUUCUGUGGUUGUCGCUGAUAUGAAACGUUGUGCAGAAACUGUGGGGAUUCAUAUUUCACUCUGAUCAAAGAAGAUGAGUACCUUUCUAAAGAGAUUUACUCACAUUUCCAUAACUUUUAUUUCAUGUAAAAUUGUCUUUCAUUUUCUUUACAACUAGCUAUUAAACCAGGCGUCUCAUAUUAUUAUCUGAAAUCGAAUGGAAUUGAUAUAUUAUGCAUGUGUAGGUACUUUUUGGCUUUCAGGAUGUACAUGUUUCUUAUAUCCUACUUGGAUAUCUGUACACGUUAGUGAGGGAAAUAACUGGGCCUUUCUAGACUGAACUGUAACCCUGAAGCAAAAGAGAGGUGAAAUUAUCUCACAUUCAGAAUGGGGUAAUUUAGAUAGAGCACAUAAGGGGUGCACAUUAGUUGCGGGUCAUUCGAAUCCCUCACAAACUGAAAGAUGUUUGGAUCUGAGGAAAUGGAUGGUCACAAUGGUGUGGUUAUUAGUAGUGUCUCAAUUAGGGGGCAUACUGGAAACCCAAAUCAACACGCAUACAAAAUGUAUUAUUUGUUUAUUUACAUGCGUAAGAGUCCACAGAUGUGGAGCUUGUUAAGGAGGCAUCUUGAUUUUAAUUCCUACUCCUACAAACCAGAGAUACAGUUCUCCCAUUUUGCUUACCUUUAAUGUCUCGGAGAAAAAAAACUGAGAAGUUUCUCAUUAAAAGGUGGGACAGGUAACACACACACUGAAGUUAGGAAUUAAACACAAAACAGAAAGUCAGCGUAUAUACACAAAUAUAUGCAUAGUACCCUUAUCGUACAUUAUGUGGGCAUUCGGGGAAAACCAGUCAGACGUCACUGUGGGUGAGAAGGCCAAAAAUGACGAAAAUGGACCUUUAACAUAUUUUGACGCAACAACUUUAAGAAACAAUAAAUGCUGUAUAUUUCACCAGAGCAUCUUUUCACUGUGGGUAAGGAGCUAUUUUAACAAAUGUGGUCAAAACAUUCAGUCUGCCGAAAGAUGUCUGAAACCUUGCUAACUAAGUAAGAUUUCCUCAGACAGUGAAUGUCACGAUUCGAUCAAGUUGGUGAAUAGGUGCUUGCUGUAUAUAAUAAACAUGUUAAUGUGACACAACAAACAUAACCAGUGAUGCACCUUUAAAUGCAGUUUCGCCUCCUUUUCACUUUUCGGCUAAUCAGUCUUUACAAUGCUAGAACCUUUUCUUGUGGUUAAGAAAUGGUCAAAAAUGAAAAAUACUGUAUUUCAGAAAAUAUGGCGUGUAAUGUCAACGUUUCAUGAUGUGAAGGGUUUUCCCAGGCUGCCGCACACAUUUAUGUUUCGUCUUAUUGAAUUAGGUUUAAAAAAAAAAAAAAAUGAAUUAAUGCUAUCAAUGAAAAAAAUAAAUAAAUAAAUAAAUCACAUUGUUCAUUAAACAGACCAAAAUAUUCUACUUAGAGAGAUAGUACUAAUAAACUUCAUUCCUGCCAGUUUUUUCUCUGCCGUGUUAAGGCCAAAAGCCUGUUAAGCUUUCCCUUUACUGUACUACACCAUUAUUGAACAGGACGUGGUCAUGGUGGAUACACAGGAUAACUCAAUUCCCAGUUGGUGUCAUUCAUUUAUCUUUUUGGUCUCUAGGACACGUGGUUGAGAAACAGAGUCUAAUGGCCAGACUUGUGGUUUAGUUUCUUCCUGUUUAUCUCUGUCACUUCUCUGUGGCUUUUAUAUUCUUGUUCAGGUUCCCAACUUUACCCUCGUGAACUUGCAACUACUCUCUUUUAUACACUAUUUCUAACACGUCAUGCUUCACUUGUUUUUUGCUUUUAGACCAACCCAUCGUUGGUACAUGCAGAAGUAUUUUUUUUCCUCCUUUUGCUAUAUACACAAUGGACCGAGUCUGUCCCAUGAUUAGGCCAAAGCCUAUCUACCUUCUAUCAUCUUUAUAUCUUCAUUAAAUAUGAGGGUUAGGUUUAGUUUUAGGGUUGAAGUUAAGGUCAGUACCUGACCUCACUAAUACUCUUGUGGUUGAAGAGCAAAAGUCGUGCUCUAAAACGGUGCAUGUAGUGUACCUUUAAAGCUUUACUCUAAAGAAAACUAAUUAUGUAUUAUGUACCUUAAAUCACUUUUUAAAAGAUACACUACCGUCCACGUUUCCAGGCGAAGGAUACAAAUUAAAGGUACGAAAGAUAAAGGUACUUCCCGAUUGGCAACUCCAGUUUAGUCCUCUUUCUUUUCUGAGAAUGCACAUUUUUAGUAUUCCACUUGCCCUGGCCUGUAUAGUAAUAAUUUACUGCAGGUUUUGUCCUUGUCUAAUGAUUAUGACGUGAAUAUGACCAUCUGCCUUACUGUCCACAGUACGGGACCUUAUGCAGGUCCGUGCUAAAAAGGGAAAAUGGUGAAAUAUUAAGAUCACCAGGUAGACUCUCACCACAAGGCACCCAGUUUGUCAAAAGGGGCUUUCACUUUCACUCAUCUCUUCUUGAUUGGCUGACAGAUGUUCCUGUUUAGUAGUAUGGUAAACAUUUGAUUUGCGAGCUUCAUAAACACUGAGCGGAUAAACAUUAGUCAUCGUGUCAAAGUCAAAACGUAUGUAGCUUCUCCAUGACUCCAGCCCUGCCUUCUGUUCUAAAUACUAGUCCACUUGUUUGCCUUCCAUAAAAUAUUCAAAUUCACCAUCAAUAAUUAAACCGACAUAUCAGUCUGUCUUGCGUAAAUGUCACGUUCACGUUUCACAACGUCUGUCACAACACAGCGGUUUAUUUUCUUACACUGUGAAACGGGAACUGAUGCCUCUUGCUUGUUAUUGCCUUGCAUCACUGGUAAUAACGUAGGCUUUAGCAUUGUGCUGCAGUUCCGGCUGGUCAUAACAUGAGCACUGGCACCAAAGAUGGUGCGAAGAGUGGCAGGACACAGUGAGGCUCAUAUUUAGGUCUUACACCUCAAUAAUAAAGACACAUAGACAAUAUGGCCAGAUGAGUUAUUUAUUCACGGCCAAAUAGUAUUUCCCUUAGUAUACAGCAACAGAGCUCUUGUUGCCACAUUAUUGCCCAGUUACUAUGAGAGGUACACCCCAAAUUGUAGCUGUUUUUAUUGUGAAGUGGUGGCCAGGGAACCAAGCAAGUGUCCAAGCAGUGUCACAAGAAGCAUAUGUGUUUUCCCCCCACUCAAUUCAGUUUCUCAUGUGUGUCGUUCAUAUUCAUAUUUUGGGACAUUGGUUGUAAGGUAAAGAGUCGGAUGUGGCGCACUAUAGGCUCACUCAAAGACUCAGCAACGCUUGUUGUCAUUUCUCAAAUAAUUCGAUUUUAUUUCGAUUGCACUUUUAACAAUAGUCAUUAGCAUAAAGCAGCUUUAUAGAAAUCCGGACGUAUCAUUUUUUUACGCACAAGGGAACCCGUCCUCUUCUGGGUGAUACCAGAUAUUUAAAUGAUAUACUAUAAAGUCAGGUGUGUUGAAGGGUGUUCACUAUCAUAGCGUUUAUGAUUACAGCAGCAGGUCUUAGGUACAAGUCUGCAGUUUCCAGGUGAGAUUAUCCACUGAAACAAGUGUGAUGCUUGUGCGUGAACUUUUCGUGGAAGUGCAUUCAUUUUAGUAUGCAUGUGGGAUUAACCACAGCAGCAGCAUAACGUGAUUCAGAAGUGUAGAAAGCCCCAAACAGAAGUCGAGCAACAAAAUGAAUCAGACAGGUCCGGAGGCUGAGAUGAGCCACAGCAGUAGGCAUACACGUAUAGCUCGACAGAGAGGGAAAUUAAAGGUAUGAAAUUAUUAGGCAUGCUCUUAUCCUGCUUUGGUUUAAUAAUGAGUGUACAUUGUGAAAGCGUGCAAAUGGGGAAUCCAUACAGCGGAUCUUCACAGACCGUGUUAAUCUUCUGUAGCGUACGGUGUCUGUGAAGUAUGUCCAGAGCGGCUGUGAUUUUUCAAAUGUUGUUAUAGAGGUGGAAACUAUGUUAGGACGCCUAUAAAUAAUCUCAACUGGAUUCUAAGGACAGUUUUGAUAAAUGAAUAAAUAAAAUCGGUUCUAUGGGUGGAAAGUUCAGGGGGGGAAACACUCUGGCUCCAAUACAUGGGGAGAAUAUUAUUGUACACAUUGAAAUAAUGUGCCUAUUUUUAACAGUUAAGAAUUAUUUUUAAAAAAAAAAUAAAAAAUUGUUUAUUGAGUGAGGGGGUCCAUGCUACGUAUUUAUUUAUUUAUUUAUUUAUUUAUUUAACAUUUCUUUGGGUUUUAUUACUUACCCGGCCCGUUUCCAAUCCAACUGAAUGUCUGUGUUUUUAAAUACAUUCCCUGAUUUCAUGCUUGUGGCAUGACAGUUGUUUUGGAUCAUAAAAGUCAGUUCUAGAGUAUUUCUUCACUGCUGAGUUCCCCUUCUCCUGUGUUAGGAUUAUGCAAAGCACCUCAUACACCUUGCUGCUAUUCUUAGCAUGCAGAAGCUGUAAAAGUUUCCAUGUAUGCCCUCCCUGUUAGUGAGGUUAAUGGAACAAGUGGAAAUGGAGCUUCACUGAGUGAGCUAAGGCAACGUUAAAGUAAAAUGGUGUGCUCCCCCUGGUGGCCAGUUCUUGUAAGUGCGGUUUUAAAUAAACGGCUGUAUUAUUACAAACAAUAAGUGUAGCAAAGAUUAAUUCAUUCAUUCAUUCUUGUUCAGUAAAUGCUUUUUCCUGGUCAGGGUUACAGUCUAUCCUGGAAAUGCUGAGGAUGGGGUAUAAGUCCAUUAGCAAAGAUUCUCAUUUUUAUUCAGAUGCUACAUGUGGGGAAAUAUUUUUACUAAACAAAUCAAUUAUUAAGUAUGUUUCAUUUUUAAUGAGAGGUUGUUUUUUUUUGUUUUUUUGUUUUUUUUUAACCUUGACAAUAACUAGCAUAGGUCUCUUGAGCAUUGAUUUGAAUGCAUUUGUUCUCAAAGUAAUGUGACAUUCACAUUCAUAAUGUCUCUCUCUCUCUCGUCUCUUUCUCUUCCUCAGUUAAUGAGAUCAUAAGGAAGGAUCUGACAGGAGUGCACGGCCGAGCACAGACAUAAAGGAAAGGAUGCCGCAGGAAAUGCGUGGGACUUGCAGUAGUGCCUUCUUCUCUCUGGUUCAGUUUGCAGUUUGCAGGCACCAUCACCAGCACGCACCUGGAUUAUUUCCAAUUCAAAAUAUUUUUGACCUCAGAAACUUUUGACGCCAAGUAGAUUAUGCUCCAUAGCCCAGGCAAACAAAUACCUUCCAAACCAGCUUUUAAAGCAACAGUGUGUUCAUUUUUAAAGGCCUUGUAGUUUCAAAAAUCCAGCAGUGACUGCUCGUGAAAUACAGUCCGGGUUGACCUCGUCGGUGUCUUAUGCUCUCAAAGCCUUAAAAAUGAUUUAGACUGGAUAAAACCAGUUUAAUCCAUUUGAUUCUUCUGUGAUUUCAUAUUUCAUAGCUCACUUUGGUAAACUCUCACUUCAGUACAUCUGCUUCAUUUUGAAAGCCUGUAUCUGUCAAAUCCUCAGAAACAUUGCACGUCAUUCCCCGUCAGAUUGAGAUUAUUCGAGACAGGCAGACACGCCCCUGUUUACGUGUGAUGCUUUAGAUAAUCAGCUAAUUAAAUAGAUCAAUUGCAGUCCUUCAUUUUGAAAAACGCAACCAUUUUCCUAAUCAGAUUUUCAUUGUGAGAAAAGCCUCGAUAUAUAAAUUGCAACGAAAUGCACUGUUCUCACCGAGAAUCGUUUAAUGCAAAGUGUGCGCUCCUUGCCGGUGAAUUAUAUAGACUUAUAUAUUAUAGUUGCGCUCGAAAUUGGGUUUUUAUUGACCAGCCGUAAUGAGAUAUUUUUACACCGUCUGUACAUUUUCUUCACAUGCAUUAGCAUCUAUAGGGUUGCUGAGAGGAUAGUGUAUAUCUACACCCAAGUCCAGAAGAAAAACACAGAGCUGAAUUGAGUUUUCUCGGGCAAACUAUAUCAUGAUGUCUUGUGCCUUUAGCUAUGAAGCUGUAAGCAAAAGUUUGGAAGCAGUUUACAGAUGAGCAGAACAAUGCAUUCUCGGUUUCAUAUUUUACAGAGCCUAACGUGUCUUGCACUACAUUCAGACUCUGACAUCAUCUGGGGUUCUCUAGUCCAUCUUGUACUUUGUAUUUCGACCUAUUAUUGAUAGUGCUACAUCUCUGACUUCUUAUUAUUUUUUAUAAUGCUAUUUACAGCAGGUUUUUUUUUUUGUUUUGUUUUGUUUUUUUUAAUCCAUGGCUUGCACAUGAAGUUUCCUUGUUAGCAAUUUUUUUUUUUUUUUUUAAUAUAUCUUUUUACUAAGUACUAGUAUGGUUAUUGUGUUUCAUCUCAGAGUUGGUUUUUGCCAUAAAUAAUAUGCUGAGCAUAUGAUAUGACAGUUUUAAUUGAUAUUUUAUCAUCUAAAUUCAAGACUUUAAAUACGUUGAUGUACAUCACAUUUAAUAACCAAAAACGUUUUGUUUCAUUCAAAAAAAUCUUCUGUUUUUUUUUUUUUUUUUUUUUUUAAAGGGAAUAUAUUACAUGUGAAAUUUGACAUACUUCUGACUGUUCCGCGUCUUUAAACGUUAUUUCUUUAUCGUUUAACUAUAUAUACAGACGGGUGAAAUCUUAACUGACUGAACAGCUUUAUCCCAUGAUGGAACAUUUCUGUCCCGAUGAGAGAGUGGUGUCUUCCAGGAUGACUCCACCCUUAUACAAAAGGGCGAGACCGCUCCCUGAAAUGGUUUGAUGAGUAUGAAAAUGAUGUAAAUCCCAACCCGAUUUCUCAGCUAUGGGAGAUUUUGGACUGACAUGUUAGACAGCGCUGUCCACCACCAUCAUCCAAACACCAAUUAAGAGAACUUUUUUCGUGGAUGAAUAACGUUCGUUCCUCUAAAUACGAUUCAAGAGACUUGUAGAAUCUAUGCCAAGGCACAUCAAAGCUACUCUAGCGGCUCAUGAACACUUUAUUUAGAACUUUUUCACCUGUCUGUAUGUUAAAUUUUUGUUUUGUUUUUGUUUUUUUUUUAACUGGAGCCAUUAUCUAAGCAUGGUGCGCUUAACAUCAUGGCAAACCCCUGAAUGUAGACUCCUUUUUAACUGUAAAUAUGCUUGCCUCAAUAUGUAUAAAAUAUUUCUUUUACUUCUACGCUAUAACGUUUUAUGACUAGUCAAUCGGAAGUAGAGGAAAAAGCUUUAUCCUUAGAGACGAAUCAUUUUAUGAACCAACUCGAUUGGUUUCUUGUCAUUUACCUUCAUGUAACCAUGGUUGUAGUAAUAAUAUAUGAACUGCAAAAUAUGUCAGCUAUUUUACUAGAUUAAUAUAAGAUAAUGCCAAUAUUUGCCAAAGAGGGAAAGUUAUAUCUUUUCUAAGCUUCAUAUAAAGGCUUUAUACCUGCCAGUUUUACUUAAUACAGCCAUGUGGUGAAUGUUUAAUAGUUCAUGUCUGUCAAGAACAUAAGCAAUAAAUCUGAUCGAAGAAUUGUUUCCAUUUGUCAUGCCUUAAGUCAUGCAGCAAACAAAUAAUAUUUGGAAAGAAAAAAAAAAAUUUAAGCUCAUCAUAUCUUUCUCUUGAUGUAUUUAUUCCUCAAAUACUGCAGCUGAUAGCUUACCUUGGAAUCUCAUUUUUGGCACGGUCUUUAACAGAGAGAGAGAGAGGGAGAGUGAGUGAGAGAGAGAAACGGGGAGAGAGAGAGAGUGAGAGAGAGACAGCGAGAGAGAGAGAGAGUGAGAGAGAUAGAGAGAGAGAGCGAGAGAGAGUGAGAGUGAGUGAGAGAGAUAGAGAGAGAGAGACAGUGAGUGAGAUAGAGAGAGAUAGAGGGAUAGAGAGAGAGAGAGAGUGAGUGAGAGAUAUGUAUAUAUAUAGAGAGAGAGAGAGUGAGUGAGUGAGUCAGAGAGAGAGAUAGAGAGAGAGUGAAUGAGUGAGAGAAAGAGAG